CGCACACACAAAACACAAACACAACGCAACACAACCCAACCGCAUCGCCUCCUCCACCACCCGCCCGCCACACGCCCAAAAAACGCCCCGAAAUCCCCUCCAAAUCGCCCAAAACCACCGUACGCCGUCGCUACAUGGAGAACGGCAAGUGCAACGGGUCGUCGACCACCAAGUGCAACGGUGCGGCGGCGGCGGCGAUGCACGUGGCGAUGCUGGUGACGCCGGGGAUGGGGCACCUGAUCCCGCUGGCCGAGCUGGCGAAGCGGCUGGCGGCGAGGCACGGCGUGACGUCGACGCUGCUCACGUUCGCCUCCACGGCGUCGGCGACGCAGCGGGAGUUCCUGGCGUCGCUGCCGCCGGCGAUCGAGUCGGUGUCGCUGCCCCCCGUCGACCUCUCCGACCUCCCCGCCGACGCCGCCAUCGAGACGCUCAUGUCGGAGGAGUGCGUCCGGCUGGUCCCGGCGCUCACGGCGAUCCUGUCCGGGAUCAGGGAGAGGCGGCGGCUGGUGGCGUUCGUCGCCGACCUGUUCGGCGCGGACUCGUUCGACGCCGCGCGCGACGCCGGCGUGCCCAGGAGGUACCUCUUCUUCCCCACCAACCUCCACGCGCUCACGCUGCUCCUCCACCUCCCCGACCUCGACGUCUCCAUCCCCGGCGAGUUCCGCGACCUCGACGAGCCCGUCAGGCUCCCCGGCUGCGUGCCCAUCCCGGGGAAGGACAUCCUCAUGCCGCUCCAGGACAAGUCCAGGGCGUGCUACGGGUGGAUGGUGCACCACGGCACGCGCUACCGCGACGCCGACGCCAUCCUCGUCAACUCGUUCGACGCCGUCGAGCCCGACGCCGCCAGGGUGCUCCGCCACCCGAAGCCCGGCGUCCCGCCGGUGUUCCCCAUCGGCCCGCUGAUACAGACGCACUGCGCCGGCGACGACGACGCCGCGGCGCCUCCCUCGCCGCGCGCCGCGUGCCUCGACUGGCUCGACCGGCAGCCGGACAGGUCGGUCAUCUUCGUCUCCUUCGGCUCCGGCGGCGCGCUGCCGACGGAGCACAUGCGCGAGCUUGCGCUCGGGCUGGAGCUCAGCGGGCAGCGAUUCCUGUGGGUGGUGCGGAGCCCGAGCGACGAGGGCGAGGUGAGCGCCAACUACUAUGACGCUGAGACGAAGAAGAACCCCUUCGGCUACCUCCCCGAGGGGUUCGUCGAGAGGACGAAGGAGGUGGGCCUGCUGGUGCCCUCGUGGGCCCCGCAGACGAAGGUGCUGGCCCACCGGGCCACGGGAGGGUUCCUGACGCACUGCGGGUGGAACUCGGUGCUCGAGAGCCUCGUGCACGGGGUGCCCAUGGUGGCCUGGCCGCUCUUCGCCGAGCAGCGGCAGAACGCCGUCAUGCUGACGGAGGGCGCCGGGGCCGCGAUACGGGUGCCCGAGUCCAAGGGGAAGGAGAAGAUCGCGGCGGUCGUCAGGGAGAUGAUGGUAGGGGAAGGGAGGGGCGCGGCGGUGCGUGCUAAGGUAGCUGAGCUACAGAAGAUGGCGACGGAUGGCCUCCGAGACGGUGGCGCCGCCACGUCAGCGCUCGAUGAGGUGGUGGACAAGUGGACAGGAGGGGAGAAGUAGGUGGCAUCUUGACAAAAUACACUUGGCCAUAUAUAUGCACCUCCUUGAUGGCUGUACGGUGUGUCUACUCCUCUUGUCUCUUUUUUAUCAUUGUGCACUGGAUUUUCUUGUUAGGUAGUACGUGUGGUUCGCAUGUACGUGAGGAGAUUAGAUUUAUAAUUUGAGUCCCAUUAAUAAAAGGGGACCAUGUGUAUAUGAAAUGCAGUUAUGCCCAAUUUAUAUUGACUUCCAACUCUUAUACUUUAUCCA